UCUCGGCCUCCAGAGGGCUGCGCUGUCCUGCAGGGCAGUGGCCCAGGACAUUUGUCUCUGUGGCAGUGUCCAGUUUCUUUAGAGACAGGAUGAAAACAGGGCUUUGGCUCACCUAGCAGCAGCAUUUAUGCUUGAAUUUUUAGCUUAAGUUUUCUGACGUCCGAACUGAAACCGUGAGAAACCAGGAGCUGCUCCCCAUCUAGAGCAUUGUCCCCAACUCUGCAUUUGGCUGCUGCAGGCUGGCCAGGCUUUCUGUGGUUUGAUGUGCACGUAUUUGACACAUGUGUGGACUUCCAGGGAGGAUUAGAUAAAUAAUUCAGUUUCGAUGAAGAAGAAACCAAAGCCUCUGGAUUGUCCAGACCAGCCUGCUAUGGGAUGGAUGAAGAAGACAAUUACUACAUCUCACAGCUCAAGGAUGUCUACAACAGCUGUGAUGCCACAGGGACAGGCUUUCUGGACCGGGAGGAGCUGACCCAACUCUGCCGGAAACUCCACCUGGAGAAGCAGCUGCCUGCCCUCCUGCAGACUCUGCUUGGAGACGACCUCAUUGCCAGGGUCACCUUCGAGGAGUUUAAGGAUGGGCUCGUGGCUGUGCUGUCCUCCAAGGCCGGUGGUGACCCCGGCAGGGAAGAAGCUGGUUCUUUGCAGUCAGCUGCCUCCUGUGCUGUCCCACCAAAGUAUGUGAGUGGCUCCAAGCGGUACGGCCGUCGGAGCCAGCCAGAGCGGAGGAUCUCUGCCACCGAAGCCACAUGCGGGCCAGAGCAGCAGGCCAGGGCUGGGCUGAAGAGCCAGCUGCGCCGCGCCGCGUCCCUGGAGAGUGUGGAGAGUCUCAAGUCUGACGAGGAAGCCGAGAGUCCUAGAGAACCUCAGGAUGAGCUUUUCGAAGCCCAAGGGCAGCUGCAAACCUGGGGCUCUGAGGUCUUUGGGAACGCCCAGAAGUCCUCUGCCUCACCCGAGAGCCAGGUCCAGGGCAUCUGGGAGCAGCUGGGGGUUGGCCGUCGUGGCCACCUGGAUGAGCAGGAGCUGGCUGUGGUCUGCCGGAGCAUCGGGCUCCGUGGACUCACGGAGGAGGAACUCAAAGACCUGUUCCACAAACUGGACCAGGACGGUGACGGCAGAGUGAGUCUCGCAGAGUUCCAGCUCGGCCUAUGCCGGCACGAGCCCACGCUGCAUCCGGAAUCUACCUUAGUCAAGCCAAGCAGGCCCUGGUCCCAUUGCCAGGGGCAGAUCCCGGAGGAGAGCGGCUGCCACACGGCCACCACCACCUCCUCCUCCCUCGCAUCCAUGAGCUGCAGCCUGCACCUCUUCUCCAGCAUCGAUGAUGGCAGUGGUUUCGCCCUUCCAGAGCAGGUCAUCGCCACCUGGGCCCAGGAGGGCAUCCACAGUGGCCGGGAGAUCCUGCAGAGCCUGGACUUCAGCCUGGACGAGAAGGUCGACCUCCUGGAGCUAACGUGGGCCCUAGACAACGAGCUCCUGACCGUCGACAGUGUCAUCCAGCAGGCGGCCUUGGCCUGCUACCGCCAGGAGCUGAGCUACCACCAGGAGCAGGCGGAGCAGCUGGUGCAGGAGCGAAACAAGGCCAGGCAGGACCUGGAGCGGGCUGAGCGGAGGAGCCUGGAGCUCGUGAGGGAGAUGGAUGACAGCCACACCGCGCUGGAGCAGCUCUCGGAGCGGAGGAUUGAGCGCCUGGAGCAGGACUACCGAGGAAGGCUGAGUCUCCUGCGGGCAGAGGUGGAGGCGGAGCGGGAGCAGAUCUGGGAGCAGGCCUGUAGGCGGAGUGCCGUGCUGGAGAAGGACCUGGGCCACCUGCGGGCCGAGGAGGCCAGCUUGCGCCACAGGCUGGGGCUGGCCACAAAGGAAAACAACCGCUUACAGCAGGAGAUCCUGGAGGUGGUGGGAAAGCUCUCGGACUCGGAGAAGCUGGUCCUGAAACUGCAGGGUGACCUGGAGUUCGUGCUGAGGGAGAAGCUGGAGCCACAGGGCAUGGAGCUCAGGGCCCAGGAGGAGCGGUUUGCAGCUGUCUUGAAGGAAUACGAGCUCAAGUGCCGGGACCUGCAGGACCAGAAUGACGAGCUGCAGGCCAAGCUGGAGAGCCUGCGGGCUCGGCCACCCGGGAGUCGGAGUUGGCAGUGCCCUGCUGGGGAGCCUGGAUGCCGCCCGGCAGGCAUGCUCUCAGACAACUCCAGUCCAGUGAGUCUAGAAAUGGAGAUUAUGGUGGAGCGGAUGCGGGAGCGCUGCCAGGAGCUCAGGACCCAGCUGGAGGCCAAGGUGAAUUCCUACGAGGGGGAAAUUGAGGCCAUGAAGAACAGUUUUGAAAAGGAGAGGAUGGAGCUGCAGCAGGCACGGCAGCGGGAGGUCGCAGUGCUGGAGGCCCAGAGAGCAGACCUGGAGGCGCUGUGUGCCAAGUCGCAGGAGGUCAUCCUGGGCCUGCGGGAGCAGCUGUGGGACGCGGCAGGCAGAUCUGAGUCCUCCGGGGCCGGGCUGACCUCCUGCUGCGCACAGGCGCUCUGUGACCUGGCCCAGUGGCUGGACCAGCACACGCGGCGGCAGCACCAGGGCGAGCUGCAGCAGAUCAGGCGGGAGGCUGCAGAGGAGCUGAGCUGGAUGCUGUCCCAGCUGGAGGCCCAGCACGACGUACGCUGCAAGAGCCUGGCACUGCGGCACCAGCACGAGAGGGAUUGGCUGCAGCAGGCGCACCUGCGGUGGGAGGAGGACGUGUUUGCGCGCUGCCAGGAACAGCAGCAGAAGCUGCAGGCAGCCCUGGGCAAGGAGCAGGCGCAGAUGUGCAGGUCUUUUGCCCUGGAGAGGAAGAGACUAGAGCGUGCUCACCGCGAGCAGGUGGGGGGCCUGGUCCGGGAGGCAGAGGCGCUGCGGGCUCUGCUGCAAGGUGGCACCACAGUGACCAUAGGCAGGGAGCAGAAGGGGGCACCCGGCCCCUCGUCCCCGUGCCCAGGCAUCCAUGGAGGAACAGGGGAGCUGGCGGGAGACCGGCCUGGCCAGCCCUGCUGUGUGGAUGCCGUGUCCAGAGGGCCCCCGGAGAGGCUUGAUCACGGACAGAGCAGCUGGGUCCUGCUGGAUGCAAAGGAGGCGACUUCUGUCCCCUGCGAGGAGGGGUCACACGUGCAACCCCCUGGGCAGAGCAAAGGGGCCAACCCCAACGAGCCAGCACCUUCUGCCAGAGCCGUAGUGAGCCCAAGGCAGCCUGAUGUCCAGGAGCUGCCCUCAUGGGGCACAGAGGGAGAUGGGGCCCUGCAGACCUGGCUCCAGCACCACCCAGGGCCCCUGCCGCCCCACCCUGAGCUCCCAAACCCAGCAGGGGAAACUGAGGCAGAGAUGGAGAGAGAGAAGAAUGACAUGAAAACCAAACUUCUGCAGCUGGAAGAUGUCGUCCGGGCUCUCGAGAGAGAAGCAGAUUCAAAAGAGAAUGACAGGGUGGAGCUCCAGAGGCUGUCUGAAGAGAACAGUUUGUUGAAAAAUGAUCUGGAGAGGGUUCAGCAGGAACUUGGAGCCACAGAGCACGUGAAUGACAAGCAGAGGCAGGAAAUUGAGGCUCUGAAGAGAGACAAGGAAAAGGCCUGCUCUGAAAUGGACGAGCUCAGCAUGCAGAAUCAGAAAUACAAGAAUGAAGUGUCACAGCUCAGCCACAGGGUCCUGCAGCUGGAAGGGGUCGCCUCUACCCAUCAGGCCCAGAACGAGGAGAACCUCGCAGCUGCUCAGCUGUUAACACAGAGGCUGGAGGAGGCAGGGCACCGCGAAGAGCAGCAGUGUGCCCAGAUCCAGAAGCUUGAAGCUGAACUUCAGCACCUGAGUCAGGAGUGUCAGAGCCUGAGGCUGGCAUGGUCAGAGCUGACAGAGAACCAGAGGGAAGGCCGGGACCAGGAGGAGGAGCGGCAGGACACCCGGGAAGGGCAAGGAGAAGAGGCGGAGCGACUCCUGCGGGAGGAGCUGGAGCGGCUGGAGAAGAGCACCAGAUCCAGCCUGCUGCUUAAGGAGCUCUAUGUGGAAAACGCUCACCUCAUGAAGGCUCUUCAGGUUGCUGAGCAGAAGCAGUGGGGUGCUGAGAAGCAAAGCUGCAUCUUGGAGGAGAAAGUUCGCGCUCUCAGCAGGCUGAUCAGCAAGCUUGCACCUGCCUCUCUGUCUGUGUAGGCUGCUUGCCCUCCUAGAAUUCACCCUAGGGAAGAUCUUUUGACAUUACACAGGAGGGCAGCGACAUCCACUCUGCGCCAGAGGCCAGGAAGUGUGGGUGGGGCAGCGGGCCACACCCUUGUUCGUGGUCCUGGGCUCUUCCCCACGUCAGCUCCUGGUUUUGCCAUUCAGGCAACUCUGGAGCUUAGCAAAGAGCAACUAAGAGAAAUGGUGAAACACUUAGUGCUGUGCCUUUGUCUGGAAAAACACAGUGCAGAGUCAGGAAUCCGCAUGCUCUUCCCAUUUCACUGUGCUCAGAGCUGGGAUCGCGAGAGCUCUGGAUGCUGGGUCCACAAGCUGCAGUGACUCCGCGGGCUGCCAUCCUGCAAUCGGGAGGGACCAGCACCCCUUGAGGGACUGCUGGGGUGUCUGGGCAGGGCUGGUUUAACUAAGGUCUGCAGACUCAGGGACAUGGUGUGUUGCACAUUCGAUCAUUUCCGCAUUGAAAUGUCAUAGCACUGGAGAUUGCACAUAUGUAAAAAAAAAAAAGUGUAGUUUUGUGUCCGCAAUAUACAUCAUGGUCAUUUGGGUUUGCAGAAUGUAGAGAACUUUAAUGUGAAAUCACUGUAUUUUGCCAUAAAUUCUUUUCUAUUAAAA